UCGUCGCUGAAGAUCCUCCUGCUCGUGUUCAUACUAUGGGCCAACUGGGAGCUCCUUGCACCAUAUAUUGCAAAGGACACGCCCAACCCCUUCGCCCCACUCCUCUUCAUCUCGCACCGGAUACCGGAUACCCCUGAAGAUGACCCGUGUUAUCAGAAGGGCUACCUGGACCUUGCCUUCCUUGCCUACUAUAUCGUCUUUUGGUCAUUCGUCCGGCAGACCAUCACGGUGUACCUAUGCAGGCCCGCUGCCAAAUGGUUUGGCAUUCGGAGGGAGACUAAGCUGGACCGUUUCGGCGAGCAAGGGUAUGCCGUGCUUUACUUUGCAUUCACAGGCGUAUGGGGUCUGCUUAUUAUGAGGCAACUACCGACCUGGUGGUAUCGCACUGAGCACUUCUGGCUGGAAUACCCGCAUUGGAAGAUGCAGCCGCAACUCAAAACCUACUACCUCAUGCAGGCUUCUUACUGGUGCCAGCAGCUCAUUGUGCUGUUGCUUGGCCUCGAGAAGCCGCGCAAAGAUUAUAACGAACUUGUCGCUCACCACUUCGUCACCCUCUGGAUGGUCGGAUGGAGCUACCUCAUCAACCUAACGUACAUUGGCCACGCCGUUUACCUCAGCAUGGAUAUUCCUGACAGCGUGCUCGGGCUCUCCAAACUCCUCAACUACAUCCAAUGGCACCGGACGAAGACUGCGACCUUCACGGUGCUGCUGGUCGUCUGGACAUACUUCCGCCACUGGCUGAACUGGGUCAUGCUGUACUCAGUAUGGUUUGAAUUUGACCUUAUGCCCGAGAGUUCGAAACAGUGGUCGCCCAAGGACGGCGUGUGGCUGACCUGGUGGAUGAAGUACCAGAUGUUCGCGCCGAUGCUGCUGCUGCAGUGCCUGAACCUCUUCUGGUACUUCCUCAUCCUGCGCAUCGCCUGGCGGUACGUGUUCGCGCGUCAUUUCGAAGUUUCUCGUGUGCUGACGUAG